AUGGAGAACGAGAUGAGUGAAGGAAGCGACACUUCAGGUGUACCUAGAGGAGGACCUGUUUAUCUACCAAACAUGGUGGCUCCGUUUUCUACUGUACCCGAAUUUCAAUCUUCUUUUCUCAAUUUACUUCAGGAUUUGGAAACUCACUUGUCUCCUUCUUCUUACUCCUCUCUCCAAUCUGAUCUCUCGACCCAUUCUCUUAAGAUUUUUACGGAUGAGGAACUCACAGAUAUGGCUAUGAAGGACGCCUUUCCGGAAAAUAACCUUUCUCAAAAUGAGCAAUCUUUGAACGCUUCUCAUCAUGAGAAUCCAUCAAACAGAGGAAGUAAGACGACGAAAACGAAGAGGACAGUAAAGAACACUGAAGAAACUUAUGUUGCAAAAAUAGAGCCGUUUGUUAAACUUAAACAAAAGCAGGAAGAUGAUAAAGCAGCUGUGAAGCUACACUGCUUCAGCAAAACUUGUGAUAAUGGUAAAGAUGUGGGUACAUCUGAAGAAGGUUUUGAGCAGAUGCAGUCUCUUAAGUUCGUAAAUAAUUACACGCUGGGGAAACCAUCAGACAGCCAGGGGUCGGACCGGCCAGUAGAUACGCUAUUUCCUGAAGUCAUUCUUUGUGUUGAGAUACAUAACACUGCCAAAGUAAAGACCCAAGAGUUCUUGGUUUUAGGACGUCAAGCAUUGACUGUAUUGAAGGACAAGAUACACUGUCUUACGGACCAGGUGAUGGAAAUGGCUGGAACGUAUGAUCCCUCUGGAUACUUCCUCAUAGAAGAUGUCUUUUACAAUGAUUUAAGGAAUCCCUCGGCGACAGAUUACAGCAAACCUAUAUUAAAUUGGCUUUGGAACUCGAAAGAUGAAGCUCUUCAAAAAUGGGAAUGCAUCUUAACCGGCGAAGUUAAGGAAAAACAAAAAACGGUUAUAGGUGAAGCGAAUUCCAUGGAUUUACCUCGUUUCGGAUCUGCGGACAUGCAGAGUACACGCUUCUGUGAUUUAAGAUUCAGACUCGGAGCUAGUUAUCUUUAUUGUCACCAGGGAGAUUGCAAGCACACGAUAGUGAUACGAGACAUGAGGCUGAGUCAUCAAGAAGAUGUUCAGAACAGAGCGGCUUACCCGAGACUCAUGUUUCAACGCAAACCGAGGGCUCAGAAAUGCAGCGUUUGCAAAAUUAAUAGAGCUUCUAGAUUUACAGUGGAUGAUAAGUGGGCAAAGGAGAAUCCUUGUUAUUUCUGUGAUAUGUGUUUGGCAGAAUACUUCAAGGGAGGCUCUCUUAAUCCACUUCAUGAUUAUCCGUGUGAGGAACCGAUGAUCCCUUUAUUGCAGAAUCGUGAAGAAGAAUAG